AUGUCAUAUUGGGCCGGGUCUAAGGACUUUCAAACCCAGGAUAUUUACCCACAGCGAACCCUGGCAGAACUUGCGCAAUUACACGAAGAAAAGAAAACAGACCCCUUUAAGCCCCUCGGACAGUACCCAAGAGCUCACAGGAGUCCGUGUCUCCCGGCUUACAGUAAAACGAGAGAAAGUCUCUGUCAACCCCUCGGACAGAACACAAGAGCGGACAGAAACCUUUCCCCCGUAGUGGCAGCAGGAGCCGGGGAGCUAAUGCAAAAAAGGCCCCUCCUGAUACCCGGACCGGAGCACAAGGACCAAGAGAGGCCUUUUCAUAGAUUGUUCCCCCACGAGGAGGGAGCAGAAGAACCGCCAAAGCGACCUAACGCAAAAAAGGCCCCUCCUGGUCCUCGGGCCGGAGCCCAAGGACCAAGAGAGGCUUUUUGA